AUGUCCACCGGAAAAAUCCCCUUAUACAUUAUGAUCGCCCACAGCGACGAUGAUGAGAGAGAGAUCUUCAAGACCUUCGCGGAAGCAGGCCCUAUGGCAGAAAAGGUCCCUGAUGCAGACACGCUAGAGAAUACCUUUGACGCAAUUAUUCAUGCUGAUAAGCUGGAUGGCGACUAUUGGCUCCAGGAGUAUCUCAUCAUCGUGGACCGGCCCGAGUGGAAAACAGACGAUGGCGUUUUAGUUAUUAAUAAGGACUUCAAGGGGAGCAUUGACGGACUUCGAAUGCCCGCCUCAGAAGCAGCAAUUAACAUCACUUCUAUGAGCAUCGCCAACACCGAUUGGGAGGAAUACAUUUCCAGCUCCCGCUCCCCAUUUACUUGGGACCCGGAAGUCCAUUUCGCUCUGUACAUCAAUUCAGCGAUUUCCGACAACGACACUGAGGAAGCGCUGGGCCUUGCCCAAGGUUUUAUGCAGGACGGUUUCAAUAAACGAAAAGCCGGUCUAGGGUGCUCGAUUUGUCCCGUGCAUGAUAUAAAACCACAGAAUGUCUGGGAAGCUAUUCGGUAUCAUAAGCGUGUAGCUAGAGAGUUGGGAUGCAAUACUCGAUUCGGGUGCUCUAUUGAGUUGGAGAACUGGCCUGGUAAACGGUAUGUGAGGGUGUUCCGGGUUGGGGAGCCGUUUGAUAGUUUUUCGAUGAGCGUGGAUAUGGCUGGGGAGACUUUGCAUUCUCUGGCGAUUGGGAUAAAGUCAUGGGAUGAUGAGAAGGGUUUGCGAGAGGAAUGA